AUGAAUAAAGAAGGGCCGAUACAGGAUGAUGAUGCGCAGUUAGCUGCUAUGGGCCACAGGCCUGAGUUAAAGCGACAGUUCUCUACAUGGGCGAUGCUGGGACUGGCUUUUGCUGUACUCAAUUCAUGGACUGCUCUAUCGGCGAGCUUAUCUAUUAGUCUUACUUCAGGUGGUAGCACGAGCGUCAUAUGGGGUCUCGUCACUGCGGGGUUCUGCAAUCUGUGUAUCGCGACUUCACUCGCUGAGUUCCUAUCCGCUUAUCCAACGGCCGGUGGACAAUACCAUUGGGUUGCUGUCUCCUGGCCUAAAUGGGUUCCUAUCCUCUCCUGGAUCACGGGUUGGAUCAAUGUUGCUGGAUGGGUUGCUCUGGUGGCUACCAACUCGCUGCUAUCAAGUCAGUUGAUUGUGGGAGUGAUUUCAGCCAUGCAUCCGACUUAUGAGUCAACCCGUUGGCAACAAUUUCUUAUCUAUAUCGGUCUGACCCUCGGAGCAUUUAUUAUUAACGCUUUUAUGAACUCCAUUUUGCCUGUCAUCUACCGCGGUGCUUUUGCUUGGUCAAUUGGUGGAUUCGCGAUUGUGUCCAUCACAGUCUUGGCUUGCGCCUCACCUGACUACAAUACCGCAUACUUUGUGUUCUGUAACUUUGUCAAUCAAACAGGAUGGCCUGAUGGUGUUGCUUGGCUACUUGGCCUCCUUCAAGGAGGACUCGGUGUGACCGCAUUUGAUGCGGUUGUCCAUAUGAUUGAAGAGGUACCAAAUCCAUCCGUUGAAGGCCCAAAGAUUAUGGUGACCUGUGUGGGAAUUGGUACUGUAACCGGAUGCAUAUUCUUGAUUGUCCUCCUAUUUGUCGCUGGCAAUAUGGAACAGGUUACCACUUCGGCAGCCGGACCUCUCCUGCAAAUCUUGAUAGAUGCCACCAAGAACAAAGCGGGUGCCAUUUGCCUUCUAAUGCUGCCCCUUAUUUGUCUAAUCCUUGCUAUCCUCAGUGUCAUGACUACCAGUAGCCGGAUGAUUUUCGCUUUUGCCCGGGAUGGUGGUCUACCCGCCUCCAAAUUCUUUGCCAGAGUCCACCCGACUCUUCAACUACCUCUGAACGCCCUCAUAUUAACUGUGGUAGUGGUCAUCUGCUUUGGAUGUAUUUUCCUAGGUUCUUCAAGUGCAUUCAAUGCUAUUAUCUCUGCAUCUGUCGUGGCACUUGAUUUGUCGUAUGGCAUUCCCAUUCUCAUCAAUUGCCUCCAGGGACGGAAUGCUCUACCCGAGAGGAAGUGGAAAUUGCCCCGUGCCGUGGGCUGGUUUACCGACAUUGUCUCCUUGUCAUAUAUCGCUUUGACUACUGUAUUGUUUGUUUUCCCUCCGUCAAGCACUGUCACUGGGAGCAGCAUGAAUUACUGCAUUGCUGCAUUUGCAGUUAUUAUCAUUAUAUCUGUCUUCCAGUGGAUUGUCGACGGACGAAAGAACUACACUGGUCCUCGUAUUGACCUCGGUGUUGAGUAA